AUGAAGCAGCAGAGGACAAUCGCUUUAAUCGACAUGGAUUGUUUUUAUGCACAAGUGGAGCAAAGAUUACAGCCACAUCUCUGGGGGAAACCAGUAGCCGUGGUGCAGUAUAGCAACUAUAAAGGUGGAGGGUAUGUUUCCAGGAUUUUAGCUGCUUCCUAUGAAGCUCGAAAAUAUGGUGUGGGACGUUCAGGAAUGUUCGGCGACGAAGCAAAAAAAAUUUGUCCCGAGCUAACAUUAUGCUACGUUCCGCAGUGUGAGCAUUCAGACAAAGCUGAUCUUUCUCGUUACAGGGAUGCGUCGGAUGAAAUUUUUAAUGUGUUGAACAACUUUGACAGUCGUAUAAUUGUUGAAAAAGCUUCAAUCGACGAAGCGUUUCUAGACCUUACGGAAUUAGUUGAGUUUGUGAUUGAAAGCGAAAAUGUUUCACAAAGGGUAUUUUUUUUGCGCAAUAAUUUGCCUAUUCCGUGCAUGAUCUUUAAACCAAUUCGGAUCAUUGAACAUGAAUAUGCCACUUCAUUAGAAUAUUUCCCAACCACGCACAUUGCUGAUGAGCAGGAUGAAAGACCGGCUGACAAUCCUGAAUGGCAGUAUGACAGGGUAAAAAACCUUUGUCAGUGGAUGGCAAAAGCUGCAGUUGAAGGGGGAGAAAAACAAUAUUUGGAAGAUCGAGGAAUCUUAGAUCAAUUUUUCAAGUUGCGGUUGGCUGUAGGGGCUGAAAUUGUGGAGCAGGUACGAAGAAGAAUAAAGGAAGAGACGCAGUUUCAUUGUUCAGCUGGUAUUUCUAUAAAUAAGAUGUUAUCUAAAUUGAUUUGUUCGAAGCAUAAACCAAAAGAACAGACGGUGCUUAGCAGCGACAUGAUACCAACUUUAUUUCGCACUACAAACAUACGCUCAGUACGUAAUUUAGGCGGGAAGUUGGGGAAGGCUUUAUCCGAAUCCUUUAAUAUACAGGUAAUUCGUUUUGAUUCCAGCUUUCUGUUUCUCCUUUUCGUUACUUCUUCAAGACUCACUUUUAUCGGUACAAUGGCAGAUUUAUCUAAAAUACCAUUAGAUACUUUGCAAGUACGUUUCCCUGCGCAGGCAACAUGGAUUUAUGAGCUUGCGAAAGGUAAUUUAGGUGUUGAUGACGAAGAAGUCAAGCCACGUGACAAACAAACAUCAAUUGCCGUGUCAAAAAAUUUUCCUAUCCCCUUAACUGUUCUUGAUGACGUCAGGAGUUGGCUAGAUGGGUUAUCUAAGGAAAUAACAAAACGACUUUUAGAGGACCAAGUUAAGAAUAAAAGGACUGCUCAAACCUUACACGUUAACUGUGUUUUCAAGUCUCAGCAAAGUGGCAGAAGUUUUGAAAUAAAAUCUUAUAGUUCUACCGCAAUAUUAAAUAUGUGUUGGCCCUAUAUUCGAGGUUUAAACAGAGCUAAGUCGUCAGGUUCCUGGGAACCUCCGAUUUUCAACAUAUCGCUUUCUGCUGGUCGUUUCCGUGAAGGUAUAGACUCUUCGUCAAGGCAGAUAACAGAGUGGAUGCUCCAGAAAGCAGAACAACUUGUAGCUGGAGUAGAAGAGGCUGGUCCUUCGCGCUCAGCAGAUGAGAAGUCUCUUAGUCCUUCAAAAAUUCUUGAAACUGCCAAAAUGACUAGUGGGGAAGUAGUUAAUCCGAGUUUCAAGGUUGACGAAUUUUUGCCGAAAACUAUUGAGGAUAUACCAAAAGAUAUGCUCAAUAAUCUUCCCGAAGAUAUUAAGAAGGAAAUUGCUGAUUAUUGUAAGCAUGGCGGAUCAGGCACCGUGGGAAGUUCUAGAGUUGGGCAGAAGUCUGUUGCUUCGAAGGAGCAUGCUGGUAAGAAGAGGAAAAAAGCAGUACCCGAGCGUGAAGUCGCUUCUAAGAAGAUUUCCCAGUUUUUUCAGAAGGGUAGUUGA